CUUCUUUCACUUCGAGAUGACCAUCCAUCACUAUGUUCCACAAAUUAGGAUAUAUGGAUCCAAUGAAGAGCUCCAUCCAAUUUCUCCAGUAGCCAUAGUGAAGCCCUCAAAGCUGGUGCUGUUGACAAACAAUUUGUCGGAGAAGAUAUUGGAAAGGUUUUUUCCUCACUGUUUUUUCUUUCUUUUCCCUUCUUCGGCAAUGGCAAAAGAAUUGGAGGAAGGAAUUUUCAUCCUGCUUUUGUGUGUUUCCGGAGGUAGCUCUGUGACAUGGAAGAACCGCUGGAAAUACCAGUGAUAAAUGAUCUCACCAUGGUUCUAGGUUCCAUAUCUCAGUCGAAAGAGACAGGAGUGGUUGUUGACUUCACUGAUCCUUCCACGGUUUACGAUAAUGUCAAGCAGGCGACGGCAUUUGGGAUGAGAAGUGUGGUGUAUGUGCCCCGGAUUAAAGUAGACACCGUAGGGGCAUUGUCAGCAUUCUGUGAUAAGGCCAGCAUGGGGUGUCUGGUUGCGCCAACUCUAUCAAUCGGAUCGAUUCUCCUCCAGCAAGCAGCUAUUUCAGCUUCCUUCCACUACAACAAUGUAGAAAUCCUGGAAUCAGCAGCAGAUGCAACUGUAAGAACAGACCUUCCAUCAGCAGAUGCUGUCCAAAUUGCAAAAAACCUCUCCAACCUGGGGCAGAUCUACAACAAGGGAGAUAUAACAACAGAUGUUGCGGCAAGGGGACAAGUUCUUGGAGAAGAUGGGGUCAGGGUGCACAGUAUGGUACUACCAGGGCUCCCUUCCAGCACAACAGUUUACUUCUCUGGCCCAGGAGAGGUUUACUCCGUCAAGCAUGACAUAACAGGCGUGCAGAGCCUUAUGCCUGGUCUAAUCUUGGCAAUUAGAAAGGUGAUCCGUCUUAAGAAUCUAGUGUACGGCCUGGAGAAAUUUUUGUAGGAAACUAGUAAAGUUCCCUCAUUACUGGAAGCAAACAAGCAGUUGAAGAAAACAUGUCUUCUGCAGACUGGGCUUUUUCAAAAAGGGAACACAGCAGAGAAGAGGAUACUGUUUAGUAGAGAGAUGAGUAUAUUAAAUCUAUAUCUGUUCCACACUAGCGAAACGUGUUGGAUAAGAGGAGCAAUUAAACAUGAUAG